AUGAUUCGGCGGCAAGGAUCAAGCUGUACAGCUGUUGACACAGUAACUAGAGGCCCUAGACCACCAUGGAGUGUGUCACUUACACCCUUUGUCGGUAUGCAGCAAAGCAAUCCUUGCAGCUCAAAGCCAGAUUUAUUCGGCAGGGCGUUGCAGCAUGCAAAUGCACCUGCUACUCAAAUCUGA